GAAUUCCACAACUCAAACUUCUUUUAGCAAUCCUCUAAACACAAAUCUAGUGAGUGAGUGAGUGUCAUUGUUCUCGUUUUACAAUGGCUUUCAAUCGUCUUUCUUUCAUGUCUUUUCUUCUCAUGACCUUAGUGGCAGUUUCAUCUGCUAGUGAUUCUUAUUCAACACCGGUGUACAAGACACCAGUUUAUACACCAUCCUCAGUGUACAAGUCACCGGUAUACACACCAUCACCAGUAUACAAAUCACCUGUCUACACACCCUCACCCGUUCACAAGUCGCCAGUGUACACACCCUCGCCUGUAUAUGAAUCCCCAAAGUACACGCCAUCUCCCGUCUACAAGGCUCCAGUUUAUAGCCCAACCCCUGUAUAUAAGUCACCAGUUUACACUCCGUCUCCAGUAUACAAAUCACCCGUCUACACUCCAUCCCCUGUAUACAAGUCACCAGUUUACACCCCAUCUCCAGUUCAUAAGUCACCAGUCUACACUCCAUCCCCUGUAUACAAGUCACCAGUUUACACCCCAUCCCCUGUAUACAAGUCACCAGUUUACACCCCAUCCCCUAUAUACAAGUCACCAGUUUACACCCCAUCUCCAGUUCAUAAGUCACCAGUCUACACUCCAUCCCCUGUAUACAAGUCACCAAUUUACACUCCAUCUCCAGUAUACAAGUCACCAGUUUACACCCCAUCCCCUGUAUACAAGUCACCAGUUUACACCCCAUCUCCUGUUCAUAAGUCACCAAUCUACACUCCAUCCCCUGUAUACAAGUCACCAGUGUACACUCCAUCUCCAGUAUACAAAUCACCAGUUUACACCCCAUCUCCAAUUUACAAGUCACCAAUCUACACUCCAUCCCCUGUAUACAAAUCACCAGUAUACACCCCAUCUCCAGUUUACAAGGCUCCAGUCUAUACUCCAUCUCCUGUGUACAAGUCGCCAGUAUACACUCCAUCUCCUGUUUACAAGUCUCCUGUAUACACACCUUCACCUGUGUAUAAAUCUCCAUCAUACACUCCAUCUCCAAUCUACAAGUCCCCGGUUUACACCCCAUCACCAGUGUAUAAGUAUAAGUCACCAGUUUACACUCCAUCUCCAAUCUACAAGUCACCGGUUUAUAAGUCUCCCGCAUACACCCCAAGCCCUCCUCCAUAUGGCUACUGAGGAAACAUAUGACUAAAUAAUGAUUGUUUGCUAUGCAUUUUUUUUUCCCUUCCAACGUGUUUACAUGUGUGUUUAAAAGUACCCCAAAUAAUGAGGGGUAUGUUGAGUGAAAUUAAUUGUUGUUCUUAUUUGUUGUUGUAAUACUUUCAAUUCGAAAUAAUGAAUUCAAAAUUCUAUACUCUCUUUAA